AUGCCACCGCGAAGCCCUCCCUUCGGGUCAAAGUACUCACACGUCUUUUCAGCCUCUUAUCUUGAGAGACUCCGCAACAGUCGUCCUGCUAGACCUACUGGCUCACGUCCCCCACCCUUUGCCUCUCGACAUCAUGCAUCCUUGUCCUCUCAAUUUAAUCUGACCCGAUCUGACUCGGCUCCAACGGUUUCCAGCCGUAGCGAAGAUUCUGAAGAUCAACCAUUCGCCCCUGGACAAGCCCCACCACCAAUGCCAAAAUCUGUCUCCUUCACCUCGACCACGACCAAAGGCCGGCCACUUGCUCAACCCUCAUCAACUGGGGAGCGGCCCGUUGUCCUCGGCAGGAAAGUAUCCCCAACCGCAAUUGUGCAACUACCCCAUACAUCUUUGGAUGAAGACUAUCUCGAAUCUACAGCCCGCCAACUAGAGAAGGAGGAAGCUCAAAGUCUUAGGCAGGCAUUGGAAACUAUCGAUCAAAAGGAUGAGGAACAGAGGAUCUACUCUGCUGCUCAGGACGAGGCUGCAGAUUUGGUCUGGAAACAUCGCAACCCAAAGGCCGCUGAAGAGGAGAAGACUGCGCCCUACGUCAACCCAGACUUGAAGAAGGGAAGGAGACGGAGUAGCGGUCAGCGCCAGGCUAGUGGUUCAAGAAAGGUCUCCUUCCCUUCUGCACAGGACCAGAUCUAUGAAGAACCCCUCCAGAAAGAGCCCGUCAUCGAAGCUCCAGUCAAGACGCCUCAGGCAGAUUUGCCCCUGAGGCUCAAAUCCACAAAUACGCUACCCUGGCUGAGAAAAAAGGCACCAGAGAAAACCGAGCCUGCGCUUAUCCAAGAUCCCAGGAAGUAUGACAUGUUUGAGAUGCACAGAAACCCAAGAAUUCGGUCAAACAAUGCCGAGUAUACUUUCAACACGCCUCCACCCACGGCAUCCGCCGAACCCAUCCAUGAAGUGGACACUCCUAAAUCCACGACUUCAUUAGAGAUCAGGAGCGAAGAUAUUCGAGCAGCUACUAGUAUGAAGCGAAAGGACAGAAGUCCCAAUUUGCCAACCCCUACUGCUGUCAGUGAUCGACCCGGCCGUCCUAUCGUAAGCUUCGACAAAACGUGGAAACCUCCCACCGAUUCUCCACGAACUAGUCAAGACCUGGAUCGCGCAGUCAUCAAAAUGACGGAGUCUCCUUCUAUAGCUUCUUCCGGUGACAGACCACUACCAAGACCACUACCUAAGAUGCCUGAAGUCACUGUGUCGGCUCCCACGGUGCCAACUAUCAAUCUUCCUAAGCCAGAAUCAACGUCACAGUCAGGAGUACCGGUCCCAAUGGUGACUGUGUCCGGCUCAGCUGUGCCGACGAUCAGCAUCUCAGAAGGCGGUCCCGGCAUUCCAACGAUCAACGUCGAAGCAGAUAGAGGUACACCUCCAACACCACUUCCCAGCAUCAACUUACCAGGCGAAAUCAACCACUCUCCCAGACCAUUGCCUAGACAUUCAGCAACUGUACCGGUUCCUUCGCAACCCCACAAAACACCGUCAACUCGUAUCCCGUGGUUGAAUCGAGGCGCAAUGCCCACAGUAUCCUGCUCAAGUUGCACUCUUCCGAUAUCAGGACGCAUUGUCACCGCAUCAGGUUCUGCCAGUUCAAGCCCCAAGGCUAGAUUCCACCCGGAAUGUUUCAGCUGCUACCACUGCUCAACGCCCUUGGAAUGUGUGUCUUUCUAUCCGGAGCCGGAUAACAAGCGAGUGGAACGACUUCAGAACGAGGGUAUUGAUCCUGACUCAGUUGAAGGAUGCAACGACGCCCUAAGGUUCUAUUGCCACCUGGAUUACCAUGAGUUUUUCUCUCCACGGUGCCGUUCCUGCAAGACGCCCAUUGAAGGGGAAGUGAUUGUCGCGGCCGGGGCGGAGUGGCACGUCGGUCAUUUCUUCUGUGCCGAGUGCGGUGACCCGUUCGAUUCGAACACACCCUUCGUUGAGCGUGACAACUACGCGUACUGUGUGCGCUGCCACACCAGGCGCACCUCCGCACGCUGUCGACGGUGCAGAAACCAGAUCCUUGAUGAGUUGACCGUCGAGGCCCUAGGCGGCAAGUACCACGAGCAAUGCUUCAACUGCUUCGAAUGUGGAGGCGGCUUCGGCGAAGAAGGGCGCUUCUUCGUCCGCAAUAUCCAGAUCGAGCCCACGGACAAGGAGAAGCGGAAGGGCAUCACUCGGAAGAUGGAGGAGAAGCCUGUCUGUGGCUCCUGUGAGGAGAGAAGGUUGAAGGCUUGA